AGAACCCAGGAUACUGCAUCAUGGCAGCGAAGCCCAAGCUUCACUACCUCAAUGGACGAGGCCGAAUGGAGCCGAUCCGGUGGCUCCUGGCUGCCGCUGGAGUUGAGUUUGAAGAAGAAUUUCUGGCAACUUCGAAAGACUUGGAAAAGCUAAGAAACGAUGGGAGUUUGAUGUUCCAGCAGGUGCCAAUGGUCGAAAUUGAUGGGAUGAAGCUGGUGCAGUGCAGAGCCAUUCUCAACUACAUCGCCGCCAAAUACAACCUCUAUGGGAAAGACAUCAAGGAGAGAGCCCUGAUUGACAUGUACAUAGAAGGUGUGGCAGAUCUGAAUGAAAUGUACAUUCAUUUGAUCUUAACUCCACCCAGUGAAAAAGCUGCCAAGAUUACCGAGAUCAAAGACAAAACAACAAAUCGUUAUUUGCCUGCGUUUGAAAAAGUGUUAAAGAGCCACGGACAAGACUACCUGGUUGGCAACAGGCUGAGCAGGGCUGACAUCCACCUGGUCGAACUUCUCUACACUGUUGAAGAGCUUGACCCCAGCCUUCUGGCCAACUUCCCUCUGCUGAAGGCCCUGAAAGCCAGAAUCAGCAACCUGCCCACCGUGAAGAAGUUUCUGCAGCCUGGCAGCCCAAGGAAGCCUCCAGUGGAUGAGAAAAAUUUAGCAAAAGUGAAGGAGAUUUUCCAGUUAAAAUAAAGGAGUCCUGGCCCCCAGCACAGGUAGGAACGAUCUUCUGAAGUUUUCCAGCAAUGAUGUUCUUCACCUAAAUGUAGAUCCUGGGACUGUUGUGGGACUAAUAAACUCUUCCCCAGUUUUAGUGGUGAUUAUCUACGAUGACUCCUGUGAGCAGAUUUCACUACAAUUUAUUGUAUUAUUAUUAAAUCACUACAUUUAUUCUUUGUAAUUAAGAUCAAAUUUGUAAUCAGAUUUUCAGUCUCCUUCUAUCCUGUCUUGCUUGGAAUGAAAAAGGAAAUAAAAAGUGGAAACAUAGA